AUGACGGCGUCUAACUGGGGUCUCAUCAUGAACGUGGUGAACAGCAUCGUGGGGGUCUCGGUGCUCACGAUGCCCUUCUGCUUCAAACAGUGUGGUAUAGUGCUGGGGACCCUGCUGUUGUUUUUCUGCUCGUGGAUGACGCACCAGUCCUGCAUGUUCCUGGUCCACACAGCCAGCAGCACCAAGAGAAGAACUUAUGCUGGUUUAGCGUUCCACGCCUACGGGAAAGCGGGAAAGGCCUUGGUGGAAACAAGUAUGAUCGGUUUGAUGUUGGGGACCUGCAUUGCCUUCUAUGUCGUCAUCGCAGACUUGGGCUCAAACUUCUUCGCACAGCUGUUGGGUUUACAGGUGACUUUCAGCUUCCGUGUGGUGCUGCUGAUUGCGGUCUCCCUCUUCAUCGUGCUGCCCCUGAGCCUGCAGAGGAACAUGAUGUCUUCCAUCCAGUCCUUCUCCGCCAUGGCGCUGGUCUUCUACACGCUCUUCAUGUUCACGAUAGUCUUGUCCUCUCUGCGCUACGGCUUAGUGUCGGGCUCGUGGGUGGAGCGAGCGCACCUGUGGAGGGUCAGGGGCGUCAUUCAGUGCCUGCCCAUAAUCGCCACCACCUUCUGCUGUCACCCACAUGAGUUGCUCAGCGGCUGGUGGCUGGGGCGGGUCUAUGUGGUGCGCUGGGAGGGUGUGUUUCGCUGUAUGCCCAUCUGUGGGAUGGCCUUCGCCUGUCAGUCGCAAGUGCUGCCCACGUACGACAGUCUGGACGAGCCCUCGGUCAAACGCAUGAGCACCAUCUUCACCUCGUCCCUCAAAGUGGUCACCAUUUUCUACAUCACUGUGGGGUUCUUUGGGUACGUCAGCUUCACAGACUCCAUCGCAGGAAAUGUCCUCAUGAAUUUCCCUUCGAACCUGGUGACGGAGAUGAUCCGAGUGGGCUUCAUGAUGUCUGUGGCUGUGGGCUUCCCCAUGAUGAUCCUGCCCUGUCGCCAAGCCAUCAAUACCAUGUUGUUUGAGCAGCAGCAGAAAGAUGGAACCUUCGCUGCGGGGGGAUACAUGCCUCCACUGCGCUUCAAAAUGAUCACCCUGUGCAUAGUGUUUGGGACCAUGCUGGGAGGCAUCCUCAUCCCCAACGUGGAAACGAUUUUGGGCUUGACCGGAGCCACGAUGGGUAGCCUCAUCUGCUUCAUUUGUCCUGCUCUCAUUUACAGAAAAAUUCAAAAGAAUGGGAUUGUUGCUCAGCUGGUGCUUCUGGUGGGCCUGUGUAUCCUGCUCAUCAGUACCUUCACCACACUGUCCAUCUCCUCCAGCAGAAGCCCUGUCACCAGAGUCCAGCCACCCCCUCCUCCUGCCCCAGGACGGAACAACCCAGUGCCCCCAGUGCUUCCUGACCUCCCUCACCUCCCAGACCUCCCGGACCUCCACGAGGAUGUCCCAAAGAAGAAAGCCGUGGAAAUGGACAAACCUGAGGAGGCUGCUGUCGCGGAGCGGGACCAGCCAGACCCUCCACAGAUAAAAGGACCAGUGGAUCUACCGGAGGCCAAUAAGAAGCAAGAGGUGCAGCUAGACCGUCCAGAAGCAGUGGGGGGUGUUGUUGUGCCAGAGGCAGAAGCUCAUCGUCAUGAACCUCCCAUUCCUCAUGACGAGGUCCAAGUGGACAUCAGGAGGAACAAAGAGGAGCUCCCUGAAGGCCAGUCUCAGGAGGAACAGAAGCCUGCAGUGGAAGUCCAGGACAAAGAACAGAAGGAGGAGCAGAAACCUGCAGUGGAAGUCCAGGACAAAGAACAGAAGGAGGAGCAGAAACCUGCACCGGUCAAUGUUAAAAAAGAGGAUUUAGGAGGAGAGAAAGUUUCUAACGAGAUUGUGGAAAAGUCGGAUGGACUUCUAAAACAAGAUGUCCCCCAGUCGAAAGACGACGUAAAACUAGACUCUGUGAAAGACAUUGGUUCGGAGAAAGCAGAAGUAUCAAACCAGGUCCUUGUGCCACAAGUCGAUAAAGCUGAACCUGGAGAGAAACCACAAGGCCCUGACGGAGACUCGCCUGCAGAGGGAGCUGACGGUAAAGGUGAUGAGAAAAUGGAUGUGAUAAAAAAGCUGGUUGCAGAGGGACAACUGGACCACGCCGUGCUCCUGCAGGUCAUCAAGGAGCAGCAGGUGCAGCAGAAGAGGCUCCUGGAUCAGCAGGAGAAGCUGCUGGCUGUCAUUGAAGAACAGCACAAGGAAAUCCACCAGAAACAACCUGCAGCUCUUGAAAGUGAUGCUGAAAAAAGUGUUCAGGAACUGGAAGGAGGAGCCGUGAAAGCCAAAGAACCUGGAGCUGCCUCUGACGUGAAGCCGCCUGCAGUGGCAGAGGUGGAGGCAGGUGACCCUCCUGUAGUCCCCCAGAACCAGGCCCCACCCGGAGGCAGCAGUGUGGAGGUGGGGGCCAAAGCAGCCGCCCCUGACGCUUACAAAGAGGACGUGAAAACUGCAGAGGACGAGCGCGGGGCUCGUGGUGUUCCACUGGGAAAGCAGAACAUGGAAGAUGCUCAACCCAUUCUGCAAAACGAACAGCAAGCCCAGAUACAAGAGCAAAGAGACCUGAUGGAAAAAGAAGUUCAGGUCAAGUUGGAGGUAAAGGAAAGACUCAGGGCUCAGGAAGAGAUGGCCAAGAAGGAGCAGGAGAAAAUACAGAAGGAGGUGGAGGCCAGAGUAGAACAGGAACGACUGGAACGUGAGAGGAAGGAGCAGAUAGCCAAAGAACUAGAGAUAGCCGCGCAGGCCAGGUUGGAGAAGCAGCGUCAGGAGGAGGAGCAGAGAGCCGAGCACGAGAGGAUUGGAAAAGAAGUUGCACUCAGAGUCCAGAAAGAACGCCUGGAGAGGGAGCGCAAAGAGAAAGUCGCCAAAGAACUGGAACUGGAGAUGCAGAAGCAGAAGCAGGCAUCUGAAGAGGCCCUCCAAAGAGAAGUCCAUCAAGCAGAGGAGCAGCCUGACAAACUGGUGGAAGCAGAAAUCCAAAAAAAUGUCCCAGCCAUGGACGGCGCAGACGGGGAGGCCUUGAAGAAUGGAGGGCGGGACCUCAAGGAGAAACAGGUGGACCCUCAGGACUCUCAUGAGAGGGCCAGGGACCAGGGAGAGAUGGAUCUGAGGAGGAGGCGCCGGGCUUUGGAGCAGACUCAAGAGGAGGACAUUCCCAGAGGUCUGGAGCCUCUGCUGGCACUCGGAGGCUCGGACCUGCAUGUGGCCUUGGAGCAGCAGCUGCUGGCCGGAGCAGUGGUGCACACGCGACAGAUUCAACAAACCGCUGAAGACGUGGACUAA